ACGAACUAGGGUUUCAUUCGCCCCUCCCCUCCCCUCCCCUCCCCUAUCAGUCUAUCCCCAGCCUCGUCGUACGGCACUCCGGCGGCGGCGAGUAUGGUGAAGGGACGGCAGGGCCAGCGAGUCAGGACGUACGUGCGGGGCACGAUCCUGGGCUACAAGCGCUCCAAGUCGAACCAGUACGAGCACACGUCGCUGCUGCAGAUCGAGGGCGUCAGCACCAAGGAGGACGUGGCGUGGUACGGCGGCAAGCGGAUCGCCUACGUGUACAAGGCCAAGACCAAGAGCGACGGCACCGCCGUCCGAUGCAUCUGGGGCAAGGUCACGCGCCCGCACGGUAACUCCGGCGUCGUCCGCGCCAAGUUCCGGUCCCACCUCCCGCCCAGCUCCAUGGGUAAGAAGGUCCGCGUGUUCAUGUACCCCAGCAGUGUCUGACUCUAACCGAGAGGAAAGCUAGGCUGUAAGGGCAAUGAUGAUGUAAAGUCAUGCACCACUCUGAAUAAGAGGAUUUUCUCUCUUUGGGCUGACAAACAAACUUUCUACCCAUUUUUUGUCUGAGCCCUUCUGUUUACAUGCGUGCUUUCUUCUAUCUUCUUUUUUCUUGCUGCUUAAUGUGAUACUUAUUUGGUUGUGUUUUGUGGGGUUCUUGAGUGAUUCCUGAGAACUAGAUGAUGUGGGUCGACAGAUCCAACCAUGAUGCGGACUGAAUCUUAUUUGAGGUCAAAUCUAAUUGCCGCUGAUGGUUCUCGAGUUUACCUCCCCGCUUUCUUUGCUUGUCCUUAUUUUGUUUUGAAUUUGUUGCUUUGAAUCAGUUUCAAUGAAUAUAAUGGCUUAAAAGAGAGGUGAAGCCAAUUUGCAGAGCAAAGGGGCCAGAUAAGUGGCGAUCUUUGCAUUGAAGGUUGGCGACAACAAAACUGCAGUUCUCCGUGCCACUCAGAUUUACAUCUGUUUUGUGAUGGCCUCGAA